GUCAGUAUCAACAUCAUCAAGUUUGUCAACACCAACUACCACAAGUGUCUCAACUUCCACGUCUUUGUCGACGUCUUCAAGUGUAUCAACUUCAAGUUCUGUGUCAACAUCAUCCUCCAUAUCAACUUCAUCGAGUGUUUCUACAUCAUCAAGUGUUUCAACAUCAAGUUCUGUCUCCACAUCUUCCUCAGUAUCAACAUCAUCGAGUGUCUCGACACCAACCACCACAAGUAUCUCAACUUCGUCGUCUGUUUCGACGUCGUCGAGUGUGUCGACUUCAAGUUCUGUCUCCACAUCGUCCUCGAUAUCAACGUCAUCAAGUGUUUCAACACCAACCACAACUAGCAUUUCGACAUCGUCGUCUGUUUCGACAUCAUCAAGUGUGUCCACUUCGAGCUCGGUGUCCUCAUCGUCAAGUGUCUCGACUUCUUCGUCUGUGUCCACAUCAUCAAGUACAUCGACCUCAAGCUCUGUGUCCACAUCCUCGUCAGUAUCAACAUCAUCAAGUUUGUCAACACCAACUACCACAAGUGUCUCAACUUCCACGUCUUUGUCGACGUCUUCAAGUGUAUCAACUUCAAGUUCUGUGUCAACAUCAUCCUCCAUAUCAACUUCAUCGAGUGUUUCUACAUCAUCAAGUGUUUCAACAUCAAGUUCUGUCUCCACAUCUUCCUCAGUAUCAACAUCAUCGAGUGUCUCGACACCAACCACCACAAGUAUCUCAACUUCGUCGUCUGUUUCGACGUCCUCGAGUGUGUCGACUUCAAGUUCUGUCUCCACAUCGUCCUCGAUAUCAACGUCAUCAAGUGUUUCAACACCAACCACAACUAGCAUUUCGACAUCGUCGUCUGUUUCGACAUCAUCAAGUGUGUCCACUUCGAGCUCGGUGUCCUCAUCGUCAAGUAUCUCGACUUCUUCGUCUGUGUCCACAUCAUCAAGUACAUCGACCUCAAGCUCUGUGUCCACAUCCUCGUCAGUAUCAACAUCAUCAAGUUUGUCAACACCAACUACCACAAGUGUCUCAACUUCCACGUCUUCGUCGACGUCUUCAAGUGUAUCAACUUCAAGUUCUGUGUCAACAUCAUCCUCCAUAUCAACUUCAUCGAGUGUUUCUACAUCAUCAAGUGUUUCAACAUCAAGUUCUGUCUCCACAUCUUCCUCAGUAUCAACAUCAUCGAGUGUCUCGACACCAACCACCACAAGUAUCUCAACUUCGUCGUCUGUUUCGACGUCCUCGAGUGUGUCGACUUCAAGUUCUGUCUCCACAUCGUCCUCGAUAUCAACGUCAUCAAGUGUUUCAACACCAACCACAACUAGCAUUUCGACAUCGUCGUCUGUUUCGACAUCAUCAAGUGUGUCCACUUCGAGCUCGGUGUCGACAUCGUCAAGUAUCUCGACUUCUUCGUCUGUGUCCACAUCAUCAAGUACAUCGACCUCAAGCUCUGUGUCCACAUCCUCGUCAGUAUCAACAUCAUCAAGUUUGUCAACACCAACUACCACAAGUGUCUCAACUUCCACGUCUUUGUCGACGUCUUCAAGUGUAUCAACUUCAAGUUCUGUGUCAACAUCAUCCUCCAUAUCAACUUCAUCGAGUGUUUCUACAUCAUCAAGUGUUUCAACAUCAAGUUCUGUCUCCACAUCUUCCUCAGUAUCAACAUCAUCGAGUGUCUCGACACCAACCACCACAAGUAUCUCAACUUCGUCGUCUGUUUCGACGUCCUCGAGUGUGUCGACUUCAAGUUCUGUCUCCACAUCGUCCUCGAUAUCAACGUCAUCAAGUGUUUCAACACCAACCACAACUAGCAUUUCGACAUCGUCGUCUGUUUCGACAUCAUCAAGUGUGUCCACUUCGAGCUCGGUGUCCUCAUCGUCAAGUAUCUCGACUUCUUCGUCUGUGUCCACAUCAUCAAGUACAUCGACCUCAAGCUCUGUGUCCACAUCCUCGUCAGUAUCAACAUCAUCAAGUUUGUCAACACCAACUACCACAAGUGUCUCAACUUCCACGUCUUUGUCGACGUCUUCAAGUGUAUCAACUUCAAGUUCUGUGUCAACAUCAUCCUCCAUAUCAACUUCAUCGAGUGUUUCUACAUCAUCAAGUGUUUCAACAUCAAGUUCUGUCUCCACAUCUUCCUCAGUAUCAACAUCAUCGAGUGUCUCGACACCAACCACCACAAGUAUCUCAACUUCGUCGUCUGUUUCGACGUCCUCGAGUGUGUCGACUUCAAGUUCUGUCUCCACAUCGUCCUCGAUAUCAACGUCAUCAAGUGUUUCAACACCAACCACAACUAGCAUUUCGACAUCGUCGUCUGUUUCGACAUCAUCAAGUGUGUCCACUUCGAGUUUGGUGUCCUCAUCGUCAAGUGUCUCAACUUCUUCUUCUGUGUCCACAUCAUCAAGUACAUCGAUCUUAAGCUCUGUGUCCACAUCCUCGUCAGUAUCCACAUCAUCAAGUGUUUCAACACCAACUACCACAAGUGUCUCAACUUCCAGGUCUUCGUCGACGUCUUCAAGUGUGUCAACUUCAAGUUCUGUGUCAACAUCAUCCUCCAUAUCAACUUCAUCGAGUGUUUCUACAUCAUCAAGUGUUUCAACAUCAAGUUCUGUCUCCACAUCUUCCUCAGUAUCAACAUCAUCGAGUGUCUCGACACCAACCACCACAAGUAUCUCAACUUCAUCGUUUUUUUCGACGUCGUCGAGUGUGUCAACUUCAAGUUCUGUCUCCACAUCGUCCUCGAUAUCAACGUCAUCAAGUGUUUCAACACCAACCACAACUAGCAUUUCGACAACGUCGUCUGUUUCGACAUCAUCAAGUGUGUCCACUUCGAGCUUGGUGUCCUUAUCGUCAAGUGUCUCAACUUCUUCUUCUGUGUCCACAUCAUCAAGUACAUCGACCUCAAGCUCUUUGUCCACAUCCUCGUCAGUAUCAACAUCAUCAAGUGUGUCAACACCAACUACCACAAGUGUCUCAACUUCCACUUCUUCGUCGACGUCUUCAAGUGUGUCAACUUCAAGUUCUGUCUCCACAUCGUCCUCGAUAUCAACGUCAUCAAGUGUUUCAACACCAACCACAACUAGCAUUUCGACAACGUCGUCUGUUUCGACAUCAUCAAGUGUGUCCACUUCGAGCUUGGUGUCCUCAUCGUCAAGUGUCUCAACUUCUUCUUCUGUGUCCACAUCAUCAAGUACAUCGACCUCAAGCUCUGUGUCCACAUCCUCGUCAGUAUCAACAUCAUCAAGUGUGUCAACACCAACUACCACAAGUGUCUCAACUUCCACUUCUUCGUCGACGUCUUCAAGUGUGUCAACUUCAAGUUCUGUGUCAACAUCAUCCUCCAUAUCAACUUCAUCGAGUGUUUCUACAUCAUCAAGUGUUUCAACAUCAAGUUCUGUCUCCACAUCUUCCUCAGUAUCAAGAUCAUCGAGUGUCUCGACACCAACCACCACAAGUAUCUCAACUUCGUCGUCUGUUUCGACGUCGUCGAGUGUGUCGACUUCAAGUUCUGUCUCCACAUCGUCCUCGAUAUCAACGUCAUCAAGUGUUUCAACACCAACCACAACUAGCAUUUCGACAUCGUCGUCUGUUUCGACAUCGUCAAGUGUGUCCACUUCGAGCUCGGUGUCCUCAUCGUCAAGCGUCUCAACUUCUUCUUCUGUGUCCACAUCAUCAAGUACAUUGA